AUGCCCGAAGAAAUCACUUUCGCUUAUCAACCACUCUCUGCAGAAGCGGAAACGCGCAUCAUUGAGUUGCAACCGGCACCUGAUGCGUCGUUUCCGCUGCAAUGUCGUAUUGCAGAACUUUGCCUAUCGAACAAGGACCUGACAGAGUACGAGGCAAUCUCUUACACGUGGGGCGGACAAGUCCUUUCAGAAUGCCUUUACGUGCUUGGAGACGACGGCGGUGGCCAAUCCAGCGUCAUCAAGAUCACCGCCAAUCUACGGGAUGCCUUGCAACGAUUUCGACGGCAAGACCGAGCACGCCGCAUCUGGGCAGAUGCUAUCUGCAUCGACCAGCGAGACGACUCCGAUAAAGCCAAACAAAUCCCGGCCAUGGCGCAAAUCUUCUCGGGUGCCUCCUGUGUGCUUGUUUGGCUGGGGUGUUGGUCCGAGGGGCAGCGCUCUCUUGCAGAUAUCAAGAAGGCCGUGCGGUUCAGAAGCACGAGCGACACGGAGAUUGAUGCCCACAUGUUGAACCUGGAAAGGUCCUUCUUGGAUCUGGUACAACUCCCUUGGUUCAGUCGCCGAUGGAUUAUACAGGAGGUUACGUUGGCAUCCGAUGUUCUCAUGGUCUGCGGCUCCGAGGAAGUUACGUUUCUGCACCUUUUGCGUGUGAUGAAUGGACUUUUACGACACAUGAAACCCCGAAGCAGCACAACCAUCGACACAGCACUUGCAUCAUUGUUGGCCAUUUCGCAACUUUGGAAGACGUGGGUUUUCGACUCGAGCCAGGAAAAGGGCCUGCGGCUUUUUGAUCUUUUGAAUUCGUUCCACGACUCUGGUUGUGCGGAUGAUCAUGACAGAGUAUUUGCACUCUGCAAUUUGGCAUCAGAUUGCUCAGUUGUCAAGAAUUUGGACGAGGCCCGACCACUCAAGAUAUCGCUCGUGAUAGACUAUGACCAGCCGGUCGGAAGCCUUUACAAAUCGGUCGUCAAGCAAAUGCUCGGUCUCAAUCCCGAUAAAAGUUGGAUCCGCAACAGCGAUGACCCGAGGUUGAAGGAGAUCAUGAUAGCCGUACUGGAGCGUUGUGACGGCAUUCAUCGAGAUGGAAUUCCGGCCUGGGUUCCUGAUUGGCGCUUGCCUCAGAAAAGAGUAGCAUUCUUUAAGGUUUUUAAAGAACGGGACGGAGAGAUUCACCGUAACCUUCUUGCGAGAGCGCUGUUUAGUGGUCGACUCGAGCAUCUGAUGAACGGUAGACUUAUGGGCUUGGUCACCUCGGUUUUUGAACCAUUCCCUAAGCAUAUGGACAUGCUCGAGAUCAAGAACUAUUUGCAAAUUUUGCGGAUCAGUUUUCAGAGUUGUACAAACGAUUUCUCAAGGGAGUUACCUAAUUCUACAAGACGCCUGAAUCAGUACUUUGAUCUCCAUGACUCACCACUUUACAACAGAGCAGAUCAUAUACAUCGAGACAGCGCUUGGUGUUUGUUCCUGGCACACAUUUCACUCCACUGGCUCAAAAGCAUGGCACCAGGCUCUGUUUCCGGAAACAUGAAACUACACGCGCCCGCCUCUGCUCGGAACUUGUAUCGUCUGAGUUUGGGCAACACCGACGUUGAUACUGGCUCGGAAUUCUGUUUAUUUUAUUGCUCAGUUUUUAGAGGGAGACGACUGUUUUCAUUCAAAGGGGAUAGUGGCGUCAGGGGAAUAUUUGGAGUAGGCAUCGGUCCUGACCACAUGGCAGCAGACACCCGUUUCGAAAUGAAUGACAUGGCCGUAUUUUGGUAUGACGACGAUGCGUAUACAACACUACUAUGGAAUUCUCAAGCUGAGCCAGCGCACGCUCUUGUCGGUGACGUGUGGUACUCUGUAAUAAACCAGGGUCGCACUGAUCGUAUCAUUGAGUCAUUACAGAAGUAUGAGCAUUCUUUGCAUGGGUAA